GGAUGGUUAGGUAGGGAUAAAAUACCACUCAGAAUGAGAAAGGAAAAUAGUAGUAAUAAAGAGAAAAAAAAAAAAAACACGCACACACACACGAACAGAAACUAGGAAUCACGAAGGCUGCAUUCUGGCAAUUCCCUCGCACUAUAUAAAGCCCCCAACAACGGGCACAUGUGAGGCAAACCACACCCCAUCCCACCUUAAAACUAUUUCUUCAACUCUUUAAACCUCUCUUCGUUACCGAUUUUCUAGGAUUUCCCCUCCCUUUUUCCUCAAUAUUAUAAGACUCAAAGUCUGAAAAAGAGAGAGAGAAAUUGCAAAACAAAAGAGGGCCCUUUUUUUUUAUUGAAUUGAUUUGUUUGAUCUGUUCGUGUUGCUCUGUUUCUUUGGAAUCAUCACCGUCGGGUCUCUGGUAGCUAAUAAGAGCUUACUGUGACAAAAAGGGUUGAAGAAAUUUUCGUCGCAAAAUGGCUGCUCAGAACAAGAAUGUCGGAAUUCUGGCUAUGGAAAUUUACUUCCCUCCUACUUGUAUCCAGCAGGUAUUCAAUUCGUACCUCCGGAAGCAGACGGCUAUUAGUUUUGACUAUUUGCAUGUUUUAAAAAAAAAUUAAAUAUCGAGAAACGAGUGAAAAGUUCUGAUUUUUGUUGUUGGUUUUAUCGAUCGUUCGCUAUUUUUUUUUUCUUUUUAUAAUGGGUUGGUUUAGGUAUGUAUGAAUUUAUUUUUUAUUUUAUUUUGGUGGAGUUUUGCCUUUAUUACUAUGAUGAUGAUUCGAGUGGUUUCUUUGCUUUUCUAAUUUCUGGGUCUCUCCGGAAAUUUGCAAAGAAGGGAGAAUGACGUCCAAAUAAUUAUUUCCUUGCAUCUCCAUUUUGCAACAUUUCUUUUUCAAAAUCCAAGCUCUUCUUCUGCUCAGAAACAGGAGUUUUGUUGGGUUAUUUAAUCAGGCAUGUGGGCCGUUGAUUAAUUUUAUUCUCAAUUUUUUAUGAAGGGGAACUAAUUGUAGUUAAUUUCCUGCGGUUUCCUUUUGCCGGAUUGCCAUGACUGAAGAUCUGUUAGCAGAUUCUCUUGCAAAAUUCAUACAUUUAAGUCUUUUCAGUCGCGGGUCCAUGUCUGUUUAAUAUCCAAUAAACUACCUUGAAAUUUGUUUGGUUUUAAGAUCUGUAACAAUACUUACUGGUUGGAUUGUACUUGGAUUUCGGUACACAGAAGUUUCACUGUUAAAGUUUAAUUCUUGUUGCAGGAAGUUUUGGAGGCUCAUGAUGGAGCAAGUAAAGGGAAGUACACCAUUGGGCUUGGGCAAGAUUGUAUGGGAUUUUGCACUGAGGUGGAGGAUGUCAUUUCCAUGAGCAUGACAGCAGUAACUUCACUUCUUGAGAAGUACAACAUUGACCCAAAGCAAAUUGGUCGACUAGAAGUCGGAAGUGAGACUGUGUUGGAUAAAAGUAAAUCCAUCAAAACAUUCUUGAUGCAAAUCUUCGAGGAAAGUGGAAACACUGAUAUCGAAGGUGUAGACUCGACCAAUGCAUGCUAUGGUGGAACGGCAGCUUUAUUUAACUGUGUGAACUGGGUGGAGAGCAGUUCAUGGGAUGGACGCUAUGGGCUUGUUGUUUGCACAGAUAGUGCGGUCUAUGCUGAGGGGCCAGCCCGUCCAACUGGUGGUGCUGCAGCGAUUGCCAUGCUUGUAGGACCUGAUGCUCCUAUUGUAUUUGAAAGCAAGCUCAGGGCCAGUCAUAUGGCUCAUGCCUAUGAUUUUUACAAACCCAACCUUGCCAGUGAAUACCCUGUUGUUGACGGAAAGCUUUCACAAACUUGUUACCUCAUGGCUCUUGAUUCAUGCUACAAGAAUUUAUCUCACAAAUACGAAAAAAUGGAGGGGAAAAAGUUUUCAAUUGCAGAAGCUGCAUAUUUUGUUUUUCAUUCUCCGUACAACAAGCUUGUGCAGAAGAGCUUUGCCAGAUUGGUAUUCAAUGAUGCCUUGAGUGAUGCCAGUUCUAUUGACGAGGCUGGUAAAGAAAAGUUGUCGCCUUUUUCGUCUUUGACUGGAGAUGAAAGCUACCAAAAUCGUGACCUUGAGAAGGCAUCCCAACUGGUGGCGAAACCAUUUUAUGAUGAGAAGGUGGGACCAACUACUUUGAUCCCAAAACAAGUUGGAAACAUGUACACUGCAUCACUUUAUGCAGCAUUUGCGUCUCUCAUUCAUAACAAAACUACGGCCCUGGACGGAAAAAGGGUCAUUCUGUUCUCCUACGGAAGUGGCUUGAGUGCUACCAUGUUCUCACUUCGUCUUCGUGAGGGUCAACAUCCAUUCAGCUUGUCAAAGAUCGCCAGCGUUAUGAAUGUCUCAGAGAAAUUGAAGUCGAGGCACGAGUUCCCACCUGAAAAAUUUGUCGAAACCAUGCAUCUGAUGGAGCAGAGAUAUGGGGCAAACAAUUUUGUGACGAGCAAGGACUGCAGCCUUCUAGCUCCAGGAACCUACUACCUCCUUGAGGUUGAUUCCAAGUACCGCAGAUUUUAUGCCAAGAAGGCUCUUGCAAACGGAUCAUUGGCCAACGGCCACUGAUGAUUGUCUGAGCAGUCAGAACGCUAUUUAUGACAGAAAAGUUGGUUCUUGUGAUGUAGUAGUAGCUAUUAUUUGGCCGCACAUAGAAUAAACUAUUAUGUUUUCCUAAGCUGUAGAGUACACAUUAACAAUAAUUAUCCUUUUUAGCGGGGUAGUGUUGUAAGUUAAUGUUGAUUGCAUUCAUGUAUCCUUGUGUCCUCAAUUUUAUCACACUUCUUUUGUUUGUGAUGACCCUCUUGGUAAAACAAGAUCACCAAUGUAUUAUUAUUAUUAUUCAUUUUUAGAUGAAUUCAUUGAGCCCCUUUAUGAUUGAGUACUGGAAACAAGGUUUUGUUUUGCCAUCUGGACUAUUCCAAAAUUUGUAUGUUCAUAUAGCUGUCAGACCCAUACUGCUAAGGAAAUGCUUGUUAUUUUGAACGGCUUACCAAAAACAUCUCUGAAGCAAUGUGACACAAAAUUGCAGAUCAGGUUCAUUCUGAAAACAGGCAUUAUUUGCAUGGAUAAAUAUGACUCUUGUUUUAGGACGGAUAUAUAUAAAC